AUGGCUCUGUUCCAUGAGGGUGUGAUGCGAAAAGGGAAGAAGUCAUCCCUCUACGACGUUUUGCCAGUAGAGAACAACGCAGCUCUCGAUCUCAACCAAACCACCAAUGUGGUAAAUGGUGGUUUCUUACUACACCGUAUGAAAUGGAAACCGUCCUCCAACGUUUCUUCGAUUUGCCAUCAGUACAUUACCUACGUACAGAAAAAUUACGGUGUAAAUUGUAUGGUGGUUUUUGAUGGUUACAGUGAUGUCAACAGCACAAAACGAGCAGAGCAGAAGCGACGAAGUUUGACUAAAACGUCAGUUGUCAACGAAAAUACGAUCAUCACUGUUCAACAGGAGCAUUUUCUUGCCAAUGAAAAGAAUAAAACUAGGCUGAUUCAGUUCCUCACCGAGAAAAUGACAGCAGCAGGGAUUGAAACAACUGUUGCAACAGGAGAUGCUGAUGGUAUUAUUGUCAGCUUCAGUUCAUCCAACUGUUGUAAUAUGUUGUGGAGGAUAUCGACUCGAUAG